UCCUCUUUCUCUCUCUCUUCUUUCUUCUCCCAUCUGCGAAAGCCGAGGGAGAGACUUUCUUGGGUCAUGCAAUUCGGAUCCCCUGGAUCCGACUCCCAGUCUCGAUUCCUUCAUAAACAUACCACCAUAUUUUUUCCGAUCUAAUUUUUGGAACCCAAGAAGGAAGAUCCGAUGACGCGUCGUUGCUCUCAUUGUAGUCAUAAUGGGCACAACUCUCGGACCUGCCCCAACCGCGGGGUCAAGCUCUUCGGGGUCCGAUUGACUGACGGGUCGAUCCGGAAGAGCGCCAGUAUGGGAAAUCUCAGCCACUACGCCGGGUCGGCUUCUGGCACCCAUAAUGGAAAUGGGUCGAACAACCCUGGCUCGCCUGGUGAGGGUCCGGAUCACGGCGACGGCUACGCCUCCGAGGAUUUUGUUCCCGGCUCUUCGUCGAGUCGCGAGCGAAAGAAAGGUGUUCCAUGGACGGAAGAGGAGCACAGGAUGUUUCUACUUGGGCUGCAGAAGCUCGGCAAAGGUGAUUGGCGUGGAAUCUCACGCAACUAUGUUAUAUCAAGGACACCCACCCAAGUGGCCAGCCAUGCUCAGAAAUAUUUCAUUCGGCAAACCAACAUGUCUAGGAGAAAAAGACGUUCAAGCUUGUUUGAUAUUGUAGCUGACGAACCAGUUGACAAUACAGUGGUCUCACAUGACUUAACUCCCAACAUUGCCCCAGUGGAAACACAGAGCAGCAAUCCAUUACCUCCUCCUCCUGCCUUGGAUGAAGAGUGUGAAUCAAUGGAUUCUACAAAUUCCAAUGAUGGAGAACCUGUUCCUCCAAAGCAAGAUAACUCACAAUCCUGUUACCCAGUAAUAUAUCCUGCUUAUUUCUCACCAUACUUUCCAUUUUCUUUUCCAUUUUGGCCUGGAUAUAAUACGGAGCCAGCAAAGAAAGAAACACAUGAAGUCUUGAGGCCAACUGCAGUGCAUUCAAAGAGCCCAAUCAAUGUUGAUGAACUGGUUGGCAUGUCAAAACUCAGCUUGGGAGAUCAAUUGGUCAUAAUGUCUAAUGAUUUGCUAUCUCGAUUCUUGUCUUCACAAGUCGUAUUUGAGAACCUAAAAGUGUAG